UUCGUUAGAGCCUCUCGAGCGCCGAGAUUCAUGAAGCGAAGGGGAGGGGAGUUUGAAAACUGCAAAUAGGCGCCUCCCUGUUUCCCUCGCGGACAUCACGUGAGCAAGGAGGGGGCGCGCGCCUGGUGGGGUUCAGUAACGGAGGGAGGCGGAGAAGGAGAAGCCGCACUCAGGCGAUGCCGCCGGGCGUCUGAUGGCAGCGACCAUGCCAUGGAGGGCCGGGAGAAGGAGCCGGGCGGAAAUCCCGCGCUGAAGGCUGGCGGUCGGAGUCGACAAGAGGGACGCCGCCAACGCUCCGUGGGCGCCCAUGGCUGCGUCGGGAGCGCUGGACCAUGACGCGGUGCUCCGAUUCCUGGCAGAGCGCGGGGGCCGGGCUCGCAACGCCGACCUGUUGGAGCAUUUCCGUGGCUUCCUUACCUCGCCGGAUCCCCAACGUCGCGCACGGGACCGCGAGCACUUUAAGGAGCUGGUCAACGCCGUGGCUACGGUGCGGCAGGAGCCCGGCUCCGGGGCCAAGUAUGUGCAGUUGCGCAAGAGAUAUCGCGGCGCGGCCGGCGGUCGCAAACCCGAAGCCUCGGCGGCCUCUCUGGCCAAGGACGCCUUCAGGGCCGUCGGGCACCCCGAAGACACGCCGCGCCCCCCUGGCGCUCCUCGCAGCGCAGGCGAAGGGGACAGCGGGGACAACCAGGACGGAGGGGCGGCCCGCGAAGAGGAAUCCGGUGCCGAACCGCUGAAGGAAGAGGCGGCGAGAGGGGACCCGUCUGCCGCCCUUGGAGAGCCGCCGCCCGAGGAGAGCGACUCUGCCGCCGCCGCCUCAGAAGGACCGCCGGAGGCACCUUCCCCCGGAGCCCCAGAGGCACCUCGUACGAGCCCAGAGAGCCCCGGAGGAGAAGGCGGCGGCAGCUGGGAGGAAGAGCGGAGCAGCCCACCGUGCCUUGAGGCGGCGCCGACGACGCCUUCGGGAGAUACCACAGCCGGGGCUGAAGAAAAGCCCAGCGGGAACGGCGUUGAGGCCCUGCUCGACGAGGACUCGCCGCCCUCCACGAACCCGGGUGCCGGCGCCCCGGCGGGCGGAGCCUCCACCGGCGCCCACACACCCAGGUGCGGGCACAAGAUCUUCCGGGAGCGGAUGCUGGGCAGCUCCCCUCAACUGAAGCGCGGGGGGCUGCUGCACCGCGGCGGCAACGGGGUCAGCCGCGGCGGUGACUCGGACAGCGCCUCCCUGGCGUCUUCGUCGGCCGAGGACGAGAGUGGCAGCGGCGGGGGCUCGGUGGCCUUGGAUCCGCUGGAGCACGCGUGGAUGCUGUGCGCCUCGGACGGACACUGGGAAAGCCUGGAGAGUUUGCUGAGCUGCGAGCCGGCGCUGUUGGCCAAGCGCGACUUCAUCACGGGCUUCACUUGCCUGCACUGGGCAGCCAAGCUGGGCCAUCCCGAGCUCCUGGCCAGGCUGGUCAACUUCGCCCACCGGCAGCGCCUGCCCAUCAACAUUAACGCGCGCACGAGCGGCGGCUACACGGCGCUGCACCUGGCCGCCAUGCACGGCCACUUGGAAGUGGUGAAGCUGCUCGUGGGCGCCUACGACGCUGAUGUCGAUAUUCGGGAUUACAGCGGCCGCAAGGCCUCGCACUACCUAAGCCGGGGCACGGCCGAAGAGGUACGCAGCCUUGUGGGGGCUUUGCAGGAUGAGGUCGGCAGCGGGGCACCUAAUGGCAGCAGCCGCUGGAGACUUUCCAAAGUGCUCCCCACUAACCUCAUUUCCUACAAGCUUUCCCAUCAUCACCAUGGGGAUGAAAGGGAAUCGGGAGACGGGUCAGCAGUGCCCAGCAAGAGCAAAGAACUCGGUAGGAAAGCCUUGGGCAGUGGUAGGAUAAAACCCCGACUCAACAAAAUCCGCUUCCAUACCCAAAUCAUCCACACUACCCCUUCUUUCAGGGGGGAUGCAGAAGAAGAAGAAGAAAGAUCUAUGAAAGCCUCCUUCAAACUCAGACCUAAAUCCAAUAUUUUUGGUUAAAAGAACAAAUGCGUCCUUUGUUUUGAUGGGGACAUUUUAAGGUAAUCCCUGAAGGCAAUGCCUUUAGUUGCCAAACAGAGUUAAAUAGAAUAAAUAUUUUGGUUAGGAACUUUUUAGGUUACAUGUUUUUUAGGGCUACGUAUUCAGUGAUUAACAGAACCAACCCUUAAAACUUUUUGUUUUUAAAAAUACAAUUUUUCAAACUCUUGUUUUUUUAAAAGCAUUGAUCAAGUUUUAUAUUGGUUGCAUAGUAAGAGCUGCUGUUUCUCCAGUGUGGCCAAUAUUCAUUGAAACAUUAAAUAUAUGUCUGGGUUCUAUCAAAUUAAACUUGCAUACAGUAGAGGCUUACAUGGUGGAAUACCACUCCAUAUACUAAAAUUCAUUGCACAUAGAAAACUAUCAUGGGGAGAAGAUAAAGCUUUAAAUUUUCUUCAUGAUUUUAAUUUUUUUGUGUGUGUGUGGAAGUAUUUCACAUUUUCCCAUUUGCAGUGGGAAAAGGAAUUUAGGAUUUAUAAUGGAUGAACAGGUAUGAUUAAGUCUUCCUGAGCAGCCAGUCGCCCAUGCAAAGGUUCAAUUUCCAAGGUUACCCCUAGCCAGGCUCCAAUUGAACAGGGUGAUUAAAAUUGCUUGAGGAAUAUGUAUUCCAUUCUUAGUGUCCUUUCCAAGUGUUCUCUGUCACCAUUCAUGCACAUUAGCAUGACAAGGCAACCUCUGCUGCCUUGCCUUUUUUGCCCUAAAGAUAUGUGUUAAGACAUAUACAUUGGGAAAUGUAUAUAAAAUGUUAUAUGACAACUGUGGUAUAGGCUGUAUUAAUUAUCCAGAAUCUGUAAACUCAGUGGAAAUUGUGCCAUUGACUUUAGAAGGAUACUCAUUACACCUAAUUUGUAAGGCUAUACUUUUCUAAUGGUACUUUUGAGCUCUGAUCUUUGGCUAUGUUUCAUUUGCUGAGUGCAAUGCCUUUGGGAAGGGGGGUACUAAUAGUAGAUAAAGUUAACUUGGUUUUGUUGUGAGACAAGGCUUUGAUCAACAGUUUUGUUCUACAGCUGAACACUACUGAAUUUGAAAAGAUAAUUUAGAUGAAACGUUCCUCAUGAAUGGUUACAAUAGAGCAGUGGUAAUAAGCUUGUAGCACAACUUUCUUUUUAUGUUGUAAUUUCUGUAAACAAUAUUAGUCAUUUGGAUAAGCUGUCUUGAAUAUUAAUUUUAGUGUUUAGCCAUUAAUUUGUUCAAUAUGAAAUAGGAAUCAUUUUUAGUUAUGAGAAAAAUCUUAAAACUUUGAGUAGAUCUCUUGGCAUUCUGGAACACUUCCUGAUUCAGAGAUCAGGAAACAAUGGAAGGCUGUCUAGAGUACUGAAACACCAAUGAAUACAGUGUCUAGCUUAUAAAUAUGUACAUAAAUAUUGCUAUAGAUAAUUACAGCAGUUCCACAAGAAUCCAUGUUCAUGUCACUGGAUAUGAAAUGUAAACUCUGGUUUUAUGCAUAUUCAGUCUGAUAUAUAAGAUACAGAAUCAAAAAGCACACAAUUCAUUUGCUGAUGCAUGUUACAGAAUGUUAGAGAAUCUUUCAUUACUUAUAUUUUGCUUAACGAUUCUUUUUUUAAAAAAAUAGUGAACCUGUGAUUUUUAAAAAGCACACAAUUCUUUAUAGUGUGAAAAUUAAACACUUUAUUUUUUACUUUAAGAAAUAGUAACAGUGUCUGGAAAGUUAGUAAUAUUUUUAAAAAUAUUCCAAAUUUAGUGAUUUUUAUGAAAUGUGUGUGUUAGCACUUUGUCUUCGAAAAAUAUCUGGGCUGGUCCUUAGAUGCUGCUUAUGUGACUAUUAACAAUCCAAUGCUGCCAAAUAAAUGCAAAACUAGCUAAAGCAUGUUUCCAAAUUAGUUUUCAAAUAUUUUGGAAACGAUAGUUUUAUACUUAUUUAAAGGCAGAUUGCAGUUCUAAAACAAUGGAUACUGUUUUUUGAAAGAUACUACAAUAAAUAAUACCAUAAUUCCCAUAAAUUGCAAAUUAUAUUAAAAAGAAAAGCUGUAUAGCUGUCCCUUCUCUCAUCACAACUAUCUUUUUGGAUGUUAACCAUCAUCUAAUGAGUACCUAUUGGUAAUGCAAUUUUAAUUGUUUUGAUUUUUUUUCGCACUGCAGGCUACCUCUACCUAACCAAUGCAUAGAGUAUAAUUUCUACAUGGAAGAUAGAAAACUUUGCAGUGUUACCUUUUUUAUAUACUUUGUCAGAAACUUGAUAGUAGGAGUUUGACAAAAGUUGUAAUUAUAUCCUUAUUCAGAUAUAUAAUAGGGUCUAAAAACUUUGCUGAAAAAAGCUAAAUUGUAAAGAACUGCUUACUGUACAAACUGUUACACUACUCUGGUACUUUUUUAUGCACACAAAACAAACGCAAACAUGUUUUCAAUUCUAAUUUAUAAGCUAUAAUUACACGUGCCUUUGUUAACCAUUGCAAACUACAAAGAAAGAGUUUUUUGAGUAUUUCUCUUCUCAUUUAAAUAGGUUGAAGGCCACUAGUGUCUUUCUGUCAACAUACAACUUGUAGCAAAACAAAUAUUCCAAAGUGUCAUUCUGCACUAUAGCACUAGAGGUUUAUAAUUUUAGCAAAGACUGUAUAAGGGUUGAAAAUUCUGCUGUGCAGAAUAGUGUCUGAAGUACAGUAUCUCUACAAAUUUCAGUAAAAUAACCUGAAAUGAGUUCAGAUUUAUUGUGUGAGAUAUCAAAGACAAAGAUAUUCCACCACAUCCUUUUUAAAAUGUUUGCUCUGUAACAAUUAAAUUGCGCUCUAUGGUAUUUAUAGCUGACAUGAGGUUGCAUUUUUGUAGGUGUUGUGUGUGUAAAUGUUGAUCUGAAAGUUAGGUCUAAAACAUUACAUAUGCCAUUAGUUUCUAUCUGAUAACUGCAGAAAAAAAUAUUUUGAAUGUAUUCUUCAAACAGCUGAAGCUUGUUAUCACUGUGGAAAUUUCAAUGACUUUAGGCACUAGCUUCAGGGUCUGUCACAAACUAGUAAUAGGAGUACAAGAAUUUGCAAAUAUUACAUGACAUUGGUGCACAAUGUAAAAUUCUGAAAGCUUACAGGGGGUAUAAUACUUUGACUCUAAAUACUGAAAACUGGUUUCUUGUGUGCAUGUUUCUUUUUCACAACUAUAGGUAGAUGUACAUGAGAAACUAAGGCCUGCAGAUUGUAAAAGUACAUGAAGAAUCAAUUUUGAUAAUACAAAAAUCAGGUUGACUUAAUAUGUAAAUUACAUAACUAACACAGAGGAACACUAGCAGUUUUUUGCUCAAACCACAGUCCAUGUUUACCAAGCUCAAACAUGUAGUCUACUUCCCAGUAAUAGAAAUGUUUCAUUUUAAUCUUUGUUACAUAACUGGCAUGCCAACAUUUAACGUAAAAAUGAGACUUAAGUGGAAUGAAACUGGGUAUCUUGAGCUGUUUCUUUCUGAGGAGGUACAAAAUUAAUGCUCUGUUGCACACCCACUAGCUAUUGAGAUUAGUUGAAUUUAUUUCUAGCAACCAUACAUGAGAAUAGGUUGUAAUUUUUGCUACCUUAUCACUGAAUGGAAUAGUUUUUUCCAAUACUGUCUUGGUAAAAACUGAUUAUGUAUCUGAAUGAAUGGUUGAGUAAAGAUUUACUAUAAACCUAGCUCUUUUAAUUAAUUAAAUUGUCAUUGUAAUUUUCAUUUUGGAAUUAUAACUUGUAAUCUUUUAAUAUUGGGCUUGUUGAACUAACUUCAAUGGAAGUCCAACAUUUCUUGCUUUACAGAUGUGAAAUUACUGUGCUUGUGUCACAAUAAUCAUAAUCAAAUUUAUCUGUGCAGGAAAAGAUACAAUUGUCAUACCAACUGAAGUUGAUAUUAGCAUACUUUACUAUGGAAGCUACCUGGACCUUGAUCGAUAGUAUUGGGUCUAGAAAUACUUCCAGUCUUCCUUCAGGUAUGGAAUAUGUCUCAUCCAGAACGUGUACAUUAUUUUAACAUUCUAAAAUCAAAAAGGAUUGUUUACUGCACUAUGUUGGAAGAUUUGAUUUGAAAUUGUUCAAGUGUAAAAACAUUGCAAAUUACCAUAAUUAUUUGGUUGUCAUAGCUACUUGUGUUGAAUAUCCAGGAAUAAUCAUGUUAAUACAAACAUUGCAAAAAUGCCUGACAUUUUUUCAGUCUUUUAAGAGAAGUUUGCACUAAACCAAAAAUGAGGAAAGUUCCAAAGGUGCUUAGAAAUGACUUCUUAUAAAUUCCAUAUAUUCCUUAAACCAACAUUUGUUGAGAUUUACUGCCAGUUCUUUAAGAGAAUAUUUCAAGCAAAACUAACCUCUUCCUUCAUGAAGAGCUGGUGCAUAUCAAGCAGCAAAGAAUGAUCUGCCAGUCAGAGCAUGGGUUUAUACAUAACACUAAGCUAAACUCUGUGAUUUGAUUUUUGGGUUGAUGUAUUAUGUGAAUGGAGCCAGUUGUUCAUGCAGUAAACCAUGAUUAAACGAA